AUGACCACGCCAAACCCAAAAGACCUCGUCAAAACCUCCUACGACAGCAUAGCACCCGCUUACUUUAACUUCAUCACGAAACUGCCAAGUCCCAAGCUACUCUGGGUGGACAAGCUCCUCGACAACCUUACAAGCACCUCGAAUGUCCUGGAACUGGGCUGCGGGAAUGGCAUGUCCGGGACUCUGCCACUCGCUGAGAAAGUACGAAGAGUCGUAGCGAACGAUAUCUCCACGGCGCAGAUUGAGAUUGCGAAGGGGAAGUUGGCUGGGCGUGGGAAUGUGGAGUUCUUGGAGGGUGAUAUGACGGGAUUGCAGUUUGAAGAGGGGAGCUUUGAUGCUAUCAUGGCGUUGCAUUCAAUUUUCCAUCUCCCAAGGGAGGAGCAGCCGGUGAUGCUUGGGUUGGUGUAUAAGUGA